AUGUCCGGUCUGAUAGUUAUUGCCUUUUUGAUCAUCAUUUUGAGCACUGAUAUGAAUGUGACAUACAUAAUAAGUCUUAUUGGUUUUGUGGAGAUAGAAAAGUACAGGUAUUUUUAUUUCUUUAUGAUGUUACCUGUCUAUAUUUUCAUUGUCUGCAGCAAUUGUACAAUAAUUUCUCUGAUUGUGAUUCACAAGAACCUUCAUGAGCCUAUGUACAUUUUCAUUGCAGGACUAUUGAUCAACUCUGUUCUUUUCAGCACAAACAUCUACCCCAAACUCCUAACGGACCUGUUAGCCACAAAACAGGUCAUCUCUUAUCAAGCCUGUCUUUUUCAGGUUUUUGUCUUUUACUCAUUCAGUUGUUCAGAAUUCUUACUGCUGGCAGCCAUGUCUUAUGACAGAUAUGUGUCCAUAUGUAAACCUCUGCAAUAUGCGAUCAUUAUGAGAAGAACAAUUGUUUUUGUUUUACUGGGGCUGGCCUGGAUUGUACCUUUUUGUCAUAUUGUCAUUAUUGUUGUUGGUGGAAAUGCAAAUUCAGAACUUUGCAGCUUUACAUUGAACGGUAUUUUCUGCAACAAUUCUUUAAAUUAUCUUUUCUGUGCAGGUUCUAAAGCUCUGUUGACAUUUGGUUUAGUUACUCUGUUUAACAUUGCUAUUCUUCCCAUGCUGUUCAUAAUUUUUACAUAUAUAAAGAUUCUCUUAGUGGUUAAUAAAGGUUGUAGAGAAGUCAGAAGAAAAGCUGCUCAGACCUGUUUACCUCACCUGCUGGUUUUAAUCAACUAUUCUUGUUUGAUGAUUUAUGACAUAAUUAUAAUUAGGCUGGAGUCAAAUUUUUCAAAGACUGCUCGCUUUAUAAUGACACUGCAGAUGAUCAUGUACAAUCCUCUUUUCAAUCCAUUCAUCUAUGGACUAAAAAUGACAGAAAUUUAUAAACACUUGAAGAAGUUGUUCUGCUUUUCCAGAUAUUACUCGUCUUCGUGA